AUGGGUGGUUGCAUUGGAAUUACUAGAAGCAGAAGUGGACCUAUUGAAGAAUCAUCGGGAACUGUGUCACGGCCUAAUUCCGGUGCGCUGAGAAAAAAUCAAUCCCUAUGCCAUGAAACUAUCAGAUGGAAAUCAGAUGUGCCUUUAACCGAGGGCCAGCUGCGGAGUAAAAGAGAUGAAUUCUGGGAUACGGCACCGGCGUUUGAGGGUAGGAAGGAGAUCUGGGAUGCAUUACGUGCAGCGGCGGUGGCAGCUGAGGCUAUGGACUUUCAGCUAGCUCAGGCUAUACUCGACGGAGCUAGUGUAUCUGUGCCAAAUGGCUACCUCACGGAAUGCUAUGAUGAGUGGGGAACAAGAUACCAGGUGCCGAUCUAUUGCCUGUCGCCGCCGAUGAACAUGGUGAAGGAGGCGAGCGGGCGGGAUUCGCCGGCCGAGUGGUCGGAGCCUGCGGACGGUGGCGCCGCGCUGGCUCUACGCUUGCGCCUCUCUUGCAGCGCGCGCGACAGAGACCUGCGCGUGGGAGCGAGACACACGAUCGCGCACUGCAAGGCCGAGCUGCACGCACAAGAGGGAAUCGAACCUUGGCGUCAGCGCUGGUUUUACGGCGGGAAGCUGCUAGCUGAUCGAUUGCUGGUGGAGGAGGCCAAGAUUACGCCAGGUUACGUGGUCCAGGUCAUUGUCAGCACAGAUCCUCAUCCGCCCAGCUAG